AUGCACCCUAUCUUACUUUUUUUGACCGCAAUCGUCUGCUGCUGCGUCGCAGUUCGGCAACAGUCAGUUGGCGUUGUUGGUCGCCUCAUGUGCGGUGGCAAACCUGCCGCAGGCGUGAAAGUGAAACUCUGGGAUGAGGACGACGGCCCCGACCCUGACGACCUUCUCGAUCAAGGGUUUACUGACGCCAAAGGAGAGUUCUCGUUAAAGGGUUCGGAGCGUGAGACCACCAACAUUGACCCAGUAUUCAAGGUGUAUCACGACUGCGACGAUGGUUUCAAGCCCGGGCAACGAAAAGUGAAGUUCCGCAUUCCGGACAAAUACAUAUCAUCUGGAGGUUUGCCCAAACGAAUGUUCAAUAUUGGAGUCCUCAAUCUGGAGACGAUUUUCGCGAAGGAAGAACGAGAUUUGAUCUAA